AAGACCACCACUAUGACUGAUGGAGAUUAUGAUUAUCUGAUUAAACUCCUGGCCCUUGGAGACUCGGGAGUAGGGAAGACAACAUUUCUUUACAGAUACACAGACAACAAAUUCAAUCCCAAAUUCAUCACUACAGUGGGAAUAGAUUUUCGGGAAAAACGUGUGGUUUACAACACACAAGGAGCCGAUGGGUCUUCAGGGAAAGCGUUUAAGGUACACCUGCAGCUUUGGGACACUGCUGGACAAGAGCGGUUCCGGAGCCUCACCACCGCCUUUUUCAGAGACGCCAUGGGCUUCUUGUUAAUGUUUGACCUCACCAGUCAACAGAGCUUCUUGAAUGUCAGGAACUGGAUGAGCCAACUGCAAGCAAAUGCUUACUGUGAAAACCCAGACAUAGUACUAAUCGGCAACAAGGCGGACCUGCCAGACCAAAGGGAAGUCAAUGAACGGCAAGCUCGGGAGCUGGCUGAAAAGUAUGGCAUACCAUACUUUGAAACAAGUGCUGCAACAGGACAGAAUGUAGAGAAGUCUGUGGAAACCCUUCUGGACUUAAUAAUGAAGAGAAUGGAACAAUGUGUAGAGAAGACACAGGUUCCGGACACUGUCAAUGGUGGAAAUUCUGGAAAGCUGGAUGGGGAAAAGCCAGCAGAAAAGAAAUGUGCCUGCUAGAGACACUCCUCCUAAGAACCAGUGAUGAAGAGCCCACCCAAAUACUACAUCCUGAAAUAAUGCAAACCACAAAGUUGUUGUUGAGUAGAUCAUGAGCAAUGGCAUGUCUUUCUCUUCCCUCCCCCAUCUAUUUUAAUAAACCAGGAUAGUCAAUAGUGUUAAAAGAACUGUACUGUUAACCUGAGUCCCUUCCAAACAAAAAUCAAAGUUCUCCUAAGGUGGUCUCACCAUCAUGGAUGCUUGGUUGUAUUUUUAUAAAGAAGUUGUGUAUAAGAGAAGAAGUAUCAGUGACUUUUAAAUGAAAGCACAUAUUACUAUCAGCCUGGAGAAAGGAAUAGGCUAACUAAAAAGAAUAUUAAAAGAUUAUUUCUGUUCACAUCUACUUAUGUGAAGUAUGAGUCAUAGUCUAUAUUUGCACUGGGGAAAACAUAUUCCUAAAAAUAGACACAUAAUAAAGAGUUCUGUGUGGCUUAUUAAGGAUGACUACAUUUACCCAAUAAACUACACUGAUAAGGUUGUGAGUGGGUGAAUGUCAGACUUCUUGUAGGAAGUUGUGUAAUAAUGCCAUUUUUAUAUUUUUUAUAAAUGGCAGAGAGACAAGAACAAGAUCAUGGAUGAAAAAGUAUAAGGUACAUUCCCUGGAGGAAAUAAAACAUGGGAAUAUGGCAGUUGAACAGGUAAAAUUAAAUGGAUCUUUGAGAUAAGUCUGAGAGAGUCACUUAGCCAAAUUUCACUGAAGCAGAUUGGAAGAUGGCAUUAUCAGUUGAGAUUGAGAAUGCCUUAGAAGCUCCAAUUCAAACAAUUCAAGCUUUUAGCAUUGCUUCUGAUAGUGCCCAAGUUCACAUUUUAUUUUUAUUUUUUUUUAUCAAAUUCUUAUAAAGAAUCACAAGAAAAAAUAAAUCAUAUUUAUUGAAUAUACCCUAUAAAUAUAGUCAAGAAACUUAAGAUUUAGUCUUAAAGUUUCCAAAUAUAAAAUUUGUUGAUGAUAGAAAACAAAGAGUGAUGGUUAAUUGUGGGUUUUGGUUCAUUUUAGAAAAGCACUAGAAAUUCUAAGUUGUAUUUUCCCUCUAUACCACACUUAUCUCUGUGUUGAAGCAGUUACAGCAAGGUAUGUUCAUGGACCAAUAACUUCAAAAUAAUUAUGGACCAGUAACUAUGGUCACACUGAAUUUUCACACCAUCAAUAACCAAAAAUUGGUGAUGCUUCAUUCUUUAUUAUAAUAUUUUUAUUUUGUCAAGAGGAAAAAAUAACUAUAGUUGAGAUGUACUUGAGAAAAUAACAAGGAUGGAUCUGUGUUUUAUCUCACCAAAACUGUAGCCAGUGGUUUUAUUUUUCCUUGAAGCUGACUUUCCUUUCUGGAAUUAACCACAGAAUUCACAUUGACUUACUCUUAUCAUUGUGAAAAUUCAUUGUAUUAGUUUUAUUCUCUUAAUUUGGCAUACAUAUAACCCCAUCUUAUCAAAGUGGUAUUUAAACUUGUCAGUCAAUUUUACCAAUAAGAAAACAAUUGCUUUGAGUUUUCUGUUUUCUUUGAGCCUACAGCUGGUGAUAGCAUGCUUUCUCAUCCUUUAAAAUAUUUUCAAUCUCAAACUUUUGCAUACCUUGUCUCCUUUAAAAAUUACAAACAUUGCAAAGUAAAAUCCCAGUGCCAUUUUAAACCUUUUCCUUCUAUCUUCCAUCUGGUGUCCAGUCAAUUUCAGAAAUAUACACAGAUCUGAGGACAUGUCUACAUAAAAUGUUUUUAAGAUAAGUUGAAUCCAGAACUGUACCACUAAUCAACAAAUCAACACAAUAUGGAAGCUUGUAAGGGAUUCGCCCUUAGUAUAAUUCUCAGUACUAAUAUCCCAAGACCUCCAACUUCUAUGAUUGAUUCUAGGUUAGUAUUCCCACUGUCUGGGAUGUUCUUCUUGAUCUCAAAGUCUGUGUCAUGGGUGGAGAAAGCUGUGAGUCAGUGUUUAUAAUAUGUCUUCUGGACAGAAAGUAGAAAGAAAUGAUCACAGCUAUGGCAAAAUCUGGUGAAUGUCUUGAGGUCAAUAAAUGUAUUUCUGAUUUUGAUUCAAAUUGUGCCAGUAUUUCCAUAACAGGGAAUGGCUGAGUCAUAUAAUAGUGAAGGAAUUUCACCUUUUCAUUUUUUUCUCAUUGUGUUCUAGUUACAUGAUUAAUUUGCUUAUGCCAAGAUUUUUCAUUGUCAGAUGAGAAUUUUUCAGGACCUGCUUUAAGAACAUCAUUGGUAAUUGUAGCAUGAAGUGGAGGGCAAUGAUACCUAUAAAUAUGGAAAUGUGCCUAUAAGAGUAACAAGUAUUAAGUACUGGAUAAUAAACUUGGAAGGGUUGACAUUUCAAGCUGCCAAAAAUGAAAAUAUUCUACUUAUAAACACUUAGUCUAGAAAUAUUUCUGUCUAUAAAUUUUGAUAUCUGACUUUGAAAUCUAUUUGACUAUUGUUAGAAAUUCAUUCUCCUAUGAUUUCCAGAUCCUAGUUCCAUAUUUCAUUAUAUAACUUCAAAUUGAACUGGUGCCAUAAAUAUUCUGCUUUA